CUUUGUGUGUGUGCGUUGUGUGUCGGAUAGAAAGUCAGCCCGGUUUCCAGCUGAGUGCUUGCUCUCUCACAGCGAGUGAGCGCGCGCGCGCGCGAGUGUGUGUGAGAGAGGGAGUGUGUGCGCGCGUGUUGUCAUUAUUAUCCACUCUGCUCCCAGCUCAGAAUGGCCAGAUUCACUCAGACUGAAACAAGAAGGCAGCACCAUCCCCAGCAGCCCGCUUCCUCCAGCCUGGUUUUCAUCGGACCGGGGGCACCACUGACCCACCAGCCGCUCCUCCUGCUCCCGCAUCAGCACCAGUACCCCCAGAUCACACUCCCGAAACCCAUGAACGGGUCAGAACCCAUUCCCAUUCAUCCGGAGAGCGGCAACAUGAAAGACCAAGAUGCCAUUAAGCUGUUUAUCGGGCAGAUCCCGCGGAACCUGGAGGAGAAAGACCUGAAGCCUCUGUUUGAACAGUUUGGGAAAAUCCACGAGCUGACAGUUCUGAAGGACCGCUACACCGGCAUGCACAAAGGUUGUGCAUUUCUUACCUACUGCGCCCGUGAGUCAGCCAUCAAGGCCCAGAACGCCCUUCAUGAGCAGAAAACACUGCCAGGGAUGACUCGCCCCAUCCAGGUGAAACCAGCCGACAGCGAGAGUCGUGGAGGUAAAGACAGGAAGUUGUUUGUUGGAAUGCUGAACAAACAACAGACUGAGGAGGAUGUUUACCGUCUCUUCGAACCCUAUGGAGUCAUCGAGGAGUGCACGGUCCUAAGAGGUCCAGACGGCAACAGCAAAGGUUGCGCGUUUGUUAAGUUCUCCACACACACCGAAGCUCAGUCUGCAAUCGGCACCCUGCACGGCAGCCAGACCAUGCCGGGUGCUUCUUCGAGCUUGGUGGUGAAGUUUGCAGACACAGACAAGGAGCGCACCAUCAGACGUAUGCAGCAGAUGGUGGGCCAGUUUGGCAUCUUUAAUCCAGCCAUCGCCCUUCCUUUCAGCACCUACAGCUCGUACGCACAUGCGCUCAUGCAGCAACAGGCAGCCAUCAUGGCAGCAACCCACGGAGGUUAUCUCACGCCCAGCGUGGCCUUCCCCGCCACACAGAUCCACCAGAUGGGGGCGCUCAACAUCAACAGCCUUCCGCCCACCCCCAUGACCCCCGUGUCGGGUGAGUUCCAUCAAGCCCUGGCAGGCCUCAGCUCUCCACCAGCCAGCAUUACCACCUCCGCUGUUCCCAGCAUCGUCACGCCCAUCGUCAAUGGCUUCACUGGCAUCCCUCAUCAGCCCAACGGACACCCUGCUGUGGAGACGGUGUACACAAACGGCCUGCCGCCCUAUUCCACCCAGAGCCCCACCGCUGCUGACACCCUCCAGCAAGCCUUUACCGGUGUACAGCAAUACACAGCCAUCUACCCUGCCACUACCCUGACUCCCAUCGGCCAAACACUGCCCCAACCUCCCCAGGUCAUCCAGCAGCAGCAGAGAGAAGGUGAGGGUCCAGAGGGCUGUAACUUGUUCAUCUACCACCUGCCACAAGAGUUUGGAGACAAUGAACUCAUGCAGAUGUUUUUGCCCUUUGGUACAGUCAUCUCUUCUAAGGUCUUCAUGGACCGGGCAACCAACCAGAGCAAGUGUUUUGGUUUUGUAAGCUUCGACAACCCUGCUAGUGCACAAGCAGCUAUUCAGGCUAUGAACGGCUUUCAGAUUGGGAUGAAGAGAUUGAAAGUACAGCUAAAGAGACCGAAGGAUGCCAGCCGCCCUUACUGACACAGCCUACCUUCAGUAUUCUCUGCAGCAGCACAGGUUUUAGAGGACACGUAAAGAUAUCUUGGAGGAGUUCAACUUUUUUCUUUGAAAGCAAAAUGUGGUUUUUUUUUGUUUUGUUUUUUUUUUUUAAAUCAACGUACGAAGGGAUAUUUUGAAGACAUAUCAACAUUUACUCACAAAGACGUAGAACGGAAGAAGAAAAGGAGAUGCGGGGGGAAAAAAGGGCGAAGACGUGCUUCGACGGGGGACGCAACAACAACAAACUGCAGGAACAAUGAAAGGAACGAAACAAAAACAGAAAGCGAUGGGAUGAGACUGAACAACAGAACUUUUCUCGUUAAGACUUGAAUUGUUAAGUAAGCAACAAACUAACAAACAAAAAAGCAGCCACAGCAAAUAGAUUUCUAUAUACAUAUUAUAUACACACAUAUAUAUUUAAGGAAAGAGGCACUUGUGGCUUUUACUGGACAAAUGAGGGUUAACACUUGAAGAUAAAAAAACAGUGGAGAAAAGAAGCUGUUCUAUACAUCCACUGACAGACUUUCUUUCUCUUUCCCUCUUUCUCUUAUUCUCACCAUCUCUCCGCAAACACAGAACUAUGACUCUUGGUGGUCACUGAGGUUUCCAUUAACAGCAGAACUGCAACUGUUUUACCCCUAAGGGACCAAAGGACCAAACAUUUUUAUUCUUCUGAACAGUAUUAUAUAUAGUAUUAUUGAUACUGAUACUACAAACUACUAAUAAUAAUAUUACAAGGUAAACUUAAAAAGAAAUACUAGCUUCAGGUUGAAAAAAUAUCAGCAAGGGUUUUUUUGACUUGUUUUCCUAUUAUCUUUAUAGCUACUGGGUUUGAGAAUAUUAAAACAAAGCUGAAAAUGUAUAAAAAAAUAAAGCUGUACUGUUUUAGCAGCAUAGAAAAUAUGGGUUAGUUUCGGGCAUGUUCAGAUAUGUACGUUUUUGCCACUUCAUCCCUGCAUUUCAUCUUGGAAUCUUCUUGUGAUCUGUCUGUUAUGGCAUCGCAGGGAGAAGAAAACAGCUCUGCAGUCUUUAAGGAGACACAAAAGCACUAAAAAUCAAAGAACUACAAACCAAGCGGUGCCCUCUGUUGUUUUCUCAGCAGGCUGCUGUUCCAUAACUGAUCAUCAACGGGAAUUCUUUAUGUUACCGUUCAAGGGAUAGAUCUGAUCUUUUUGCAGUGGGGUUCUGCUGAAAAGUUGUGAAAAUUUAAUACCUUCCUUGUAGAUCCUUUUUGAACAGCUCCAGUGUUUAAAAAAAGAGAGAAAGAGUUUAAAACUUAUUGGUUUGAUAACUGCAGUGUUGAGGGAUGGUCAGGAACAAAGUGGGGUAAAAGACAACUGUAGUUCAUGUUCCUUUUUUAAAAUACCAUAUUUAUGCAUGUAUAAUGCACUCCAGUAAAAAUGCGACCCCCAUUUUCUGAGCUUAAAAAGCAUUAUCGAAUCCUUAUGUGUGAUGCUACCCCUAAUUUCACGUAAGCUUCCGGAUGUUUCAGCCUAUGUGGUGCACCCUCUCCCUUUGUUCUGCGCUUUGCUUCGUGCAGAGGGUCUGGACCCUCGGCUAUUGAAAAACGAUUGUUGCUGAAGGCGUGGCCUCUGUUGAAGUUUAAAACGAUUGGAUCUGCUUUUACCCAAUCUCUAACUUUUGGCUGUGACGUAUGUAGUGCACCAGCUCGACCGUGAAGGAAGCUAAGCUAAGAAGCUAACCGGAAAUUGCUUCAGCAGUAAACAGCCAUCUUCUGCUGGAAAUAGAGAAGUACCAAGCCAAAUGAGAUCAGUAUAAAUGAGCACUGCAGGUUUUGCCAGAUAAAUUUAUUUUAUUUAGAAGCUUUGUAAACACAAACUUGAGUGGUUUCCUUCAUUUCCUUCGCUGCCAUUGCUAAACUACAGGCAGACUUAAACAGUGCAGAAAAUUAACAUCAGUCAAAAUCAUUUUUUCUCCUCCAACUCCUGUGUGAAAAAAAACUACUGUUGUUGUUUAUACGCUUUGCUGUGCACAACAAAUUACAGUGGGAAGGAGAAAUAAUUGAUGAUGAUUUAUCCCCACAUUAUAUUUCUUUUGUAUCAGAAAAUGUUGAAACUUACUGUGGUAGAAAAAAACUGUCAACUCUUCAACAAAAAUAUAUUUUUAACAAUAAUUUUUGAAGUUAAAUUUCUUGCAUUAUACAUGGAUAAAUACAGUAAAUCUUUACACAUUUGUUAAAUUUGCAUUACAUACAUACACAGCAAAACUAUUAAGACAUUUUAGCUUAAAAUGUCCCAGACUGCUAGCUAAGCUAACUAAUGCUGCCGCCGUUUGUGCUUGGAACCAUAAAGGUUGAUGCAAAUAACUAUAAUGUGAAUUUUAGGGGAAUGUAAAGGUUUAUAGAAAAGCUUUGUGUUGGAGUUGUUUCAACACGUAGUUUUGUUUUCAGACUAGCUGUUAGCAAUUCAGUCGUGUCAAAAUCAAACUUCCCCCACAUGGCAGACAGGAUGUGGGCCAGGUCUGGUAAUGAUGGCACUAUUCUUAAUAUGGCGUGUCCCAACUGGCCCAGUUGUGGUUUGGGUUAUGGGGUGCUGACCCGUGCAUGGACCACCUCUGGCACAUGGUCCACAUCUGGGCCACCAAAGGGUCGUCAUUGUUUGCGGUAUCUGGGCCAAGUGUAUUGUAUGGGCCAGACAAAUGUUACCAUGGGCAGUUCCUACAAACUAAGGUCACUCAUUCAGCUUAAAUCAUUGUUUUAAUAACUUUUUUACAGAACCCUAAUUCCAAAUGUCUGAUCUAUUGCUUUAAAGCCUCUGUUUUACAAAUAAUCUGACCAUGAAGCACUGUGGUAAAAAUGCAGCCUGAGUGAUCUGAAUAUACAACAGUGAACAACUGGAUCUGCCUUAUAAAAUAUACAAAUCAGCUAAAAAAACUGUGCCCAUUCCCCACUGCCAACCCCAACCCCCACCCCAUUUGUUUCUUUCACCUUUAAAUGCCAACUCUUAACAGGGUCCAUGAGUUCAGGAGGGGCCCCGAAGCGAACCAUAAUUACUGAUAGUAUUGAUCAGAUGGAAAGCAGCACCGCGAGGCAAGAGAUGCACAAUCAAUUACACAUUGGCAUUUUCGAACGAGCUGAUUGAGUGACAGAGCUGAUCAUUACCGCAGUCUUUUUCUCUCCCAUUUUACUUCUGAAAUCUGACAGUGGCAAUGUGUCCUCUUUAAAGGCACUUAAAAUGUCUAACGCUGCAACAAGGUCUGUAUAUAAAGUUUAGAGUAGAUCGUCCAAGUUCUUCAGUGAAGAGCAGCUGUAUUUUUUAAUAGUUUUUUUAAGGGUAAAAUAGCACACUAAGAGCUCGUACACAGUAAGAGGCACCCUGGCAUUACGAACCUUAUUUGGUCAGAUUAGGAGCGAAGUGRUCAACGAGUUAGGCGGCAGCAGGCCUGUGAGCGUGGCUGCUGCUCAAACAGCAAAGCUUACCGGUAGCUCCGGUCACGCGUGGCUCCUGUAUGGUGUGGCUGUGGCCCGUCAUACUGCACCAUAUGAGAUUAAUUAACUGACCCAGUUUGUGAUGUUUUCUGCUCUGAGACACGUUUAAAUCAUCACAUAUGAAAUCUUGCUCAAGACUUGCUUGUUUUUUACAGAUUUGUCUGUUUUUGUUUUUCUGUCCAAUCUACUCAACUAGGUUUUCUUUUGAUUAUAUUAUAUUUCUAAUCUAAAAGGCCAUUUUUAAAAAUGGGUUUACUCUGAAGCAUUUUGCCUCUCAGGAUUCAAGACUUCAACCAUUUUUUGACACAUCAGUGCUUCAGCUGUCUGUCCCAUGCACUGAAGCAGAGAGUUUGGAAAACACGAUGACUUUUGUGGUUUCAUACAACAAAUGUUUCCUGAACACCUCUCCUGAUCCUGACGACAGUAUCCAUUAGAUGUGAUUUUAUUUGGCUCUGUGUUCACCGGAUCAGUGUCAGAAAGAAGCAGAGAUCUCUUCAGACUCUCAGUGUUAUCAGUGUAUACAUUUCUCUGUUAAGCUGGAUUUGAAUGCUGUAAAAUAUUUUUUUUGAAAAAUGCCUUUUCUCAUCAUGUUGCCAAAUUAUGCAAUCAUAUUCACUCUAGUUCUUCAUCAAACUUUAACCCUCAGAAGGUCCUUUAACUUUAUGACAAAAAGUCUUCCUUUGGGGAAAAAUCAACCACAUACCUGCCUAAAAGUACUAUUCUAUAAUAUCUUUAUCCACAAAUUAGCAGUGUUGUUGCAGCCUUAAAAAAAUUCUAAUUUAAAUGACAUUUAAAAUGUUAGCUCCUUAAAAACCUUUAAUUAAAAAUAAAAUCUGCAAUUCAAUUUUUAAAUUGUCAAAAUCUUUAUUUGUUGCAAUUUUUUUAAGAAUGCAUUUUCCCCAUUAGUACGACCAACAGUAUAGUGGUGGGAGAUGUAUUUUGGUGUUGAUCCAAUACCGAGUAAAUGCAGGACUAGGAUCACAGAUGCAUAUACUGAUGCUGACAUCUUGUCCUUGAAAUGUCAUGUUCAUUAGAAUGAUUUUUGUGAUUUUUGGCUUUAGUUAGUCCAUUAUAAUACAGGACAAUAAUUUUAGGCAAAUACAAAUGUUUUACAAAUGUCAACAACACAACAAAGAAUACCUUCAAAAGCAUGCUGUUUCAAUGUAGAGGCGGGGUUCAGCCAAUAUUACUUCUAAAUGAUCAUUUAGAUAAUUUACCAAUAAUUUACAAGUUCGCUAAAUAAAGUGCAACGAAAGAAUCAAACUCAUCACGUUAGUAUCAGUCCGAUACCUAUGUUCAUCUUUAUAUCAACACUAUUGAUGCUUAGAUCAAUGUGCCCACCACUAAAUCCAGAUUCAGUAGCAGAAAAAUAGGCCUUGUUUUUGGUCAAACUUGCUCAUGUCAUUUGGUGGUCAAGCAUAGUUUCUAUCUUUUUUUAAAUCUUUUUUAGUUUUUCAAAACUUUCCUUGUGCGCAACUUUUAGUGUGUGUUUAAUUUGUUACAUUUACUAAACCAGAUAGACCAUCAAGUUGCAGCAGCCCGGUCCAUCUUAUGCAAGUGAACAGGCGCAGAUAAUUCUUUAGUCUUUCAUGCAGGUGGAGCUAUUGUCCCAAAUAUUUACGUUGGAUAAAUGAGCAGGUUUGAGUGCAUAUUGUGGCCAAAGAGGACGCACACAUCCUGAGUAAGUUGCUGCACCAUGAUCCAGCCUUCAAAUGUAAAAGUGAAGCACCACCUAGAGAGCUAAAAUAAAAAUAAAAAGGAAUAGAAGUACAAAGAAAAUACAUUACUGAAAGGAAUAGAUCAUUUUAUGAUAAGAUAAAUAUCCAUCCAUCCAUUAUAUUUACCCUCAAGUUGCAAGUCCGUCACAGGGACACGUAGAGACAACCAACCAAUCAGGCUCUCACUCACUCCUUGGGACAAAUUAGAAUUACCUGCAUAUAGAAUUUCUGUGGAAAGAAUACCUGAAGAAAACCCACAUAUGCAUGGAGAGAACCCACAAACUCUGCCCAGAAAGGCCUUAGACAGGGAUUUUACUCCGUAACCUUCGUAAUGAGAGGCAACAUCUCUACCAACUGGGCCUCUGGGCCGCCUAUUUAAAUAUGGGAUCAGAAAAUGCUUUAAUGAUAGAUGCCAACAGGGUUGGUAUUUACCCAAAGGAACACUAGAGGGCAGUAAAGUUACCCUGAAACAAGACUGCAUCUGAAACAAGACACAAACAAUUGAUUUUAAGGAAUUGACAACAAAAAAUAUAAUAUAAUAUAAAAAUGCAAAAAUAAAUGCAUAACCAACUUUUCCCCACAAGACAUUCUGAGGGUUACAAUGUGCCAGAAUUUCUUAAAAAUCUAUAAGAUUAGGCAAGAAUAAGUCAAAUCGUUUUUUUUUUUUUUUCUCAAACUGAACUAUUUUUAAUACAAGCAGUGACUAGGUAACUUGGGUGGAAUAAGGGGAACUAGCAGUAAUGAGUUUUGUAGUCUUACAAUUAAUUUGCAUGUUAUUGGGCUGAAGUUGAUCUUUUUACACAGUUUUCACUCUUGCAUACAUUAUUAUCAUUUCUUCUUUUAAUAUUUAUCUGUUACCAUUGUGCCGUUUUAGUCUCUGAGCAUGCUCAAUGAGGAGUGGGCCAGGAGGGUCAAAGAUGAUGAAUCUGGUAUUGCUCGUAUUAACAAUAUGAUUCUUUAUCUAUUGUUUGAAUGCUAAGGAUAGUAGCUUAUUAUAAAUAUGAAAUCUUGUGAAAAUUCAGCACAGGACCUUUCUUUGUAUAGGAUUUAGGGAUUUGAAGGGGGUGGGCAGGGAGGUGGGUUGGGUUGGAUCUUGCUUUAUUAAGAUAACAAGUUUUUGGUUUCUCAGCACAAAAAGCAUUUAAAAACUUGGAAACGGCAGUAAAACAAAGUCUCUGCGGAGGCUUCAUUGAAAUACAGGGCGCAAAAAGAGGAAUCUCAGAACUAUUAUUUAAUACCUGAAGAAGGGAAAAAAUGCUGUUUACAAGUAAAAAUAUUUUUCUUUUAUCUUUUUAUUAAAGAAGUGCCACGUGUUUUGUGGCAGCAUCAGUACAGCAUGGAUUAACUGACAGGAAAAGCAGUAUCUUUAAAAAAAUAUUAUUCAUUAAAAAAAAUGUAUUCUGUGUUAGCCUGAGAAACCAAAAGUUUUCCCCCGUUGAAAUUUUUUAAUACUUGCUGCUUAGAUUAAUGACUGAUGAUUUAAUAAUUUUAUAAUUAAUUGCCUAAUGUACUUGAUGUUUAUUUAUCUAUUUAUUUAUGCAUUAAAUUAAUUUAUUCAUUUAUGAAAUAAUUUAUUUAUUUUAUCUUAGUUCAUGAUUAUGGUAAGAUAAAGACACGUGUCAAAAAAAGAAAAAAAGAAAUGUUUCUUGGGACUUUUCUCUUGUUCUCUCCUUUUAUUUUCCAAUUUUCCAAUAAAAAAAAUCAAACUGA